GCCCGGAGGACCGAGAAGCGCCCCGAUCCCGAGCCGAGCCGGGCCUUUGCGCGGCGGGAAGAAGACGGACCCACCUCCGAGCCCUGCAGUCCCCGGACGCCCGGAGGCCUGGCUCGGCCGCGUCUCGUCUCUCCUUGAAGCCGUUUUGGUAAAUUAUUUUGCUCGGACCUCGAGGCCAGAAGUUGAUUUUCCAGUCGUUGCGCUUCUCGAAAUCCAACCUGAGGCUCCGCCACCCCUUGGCCAGCGCGUCGCAGUUUUAUGAUAAAAUAAAGUCCUUUUCCAGUGACCGGACUGGCGCCGUGUUGUCCUCUGGGGCCCUGUUGUGGGACGGCUGCGUGGUGGCCACACGCCACACGCUGGGGUCCACGGGGUAGGCACUGCGGGGUCAGUACUCUGUGGGUCCACGGGGUAGGCGCUGCGGGGUCCACGGGGUCAGCGAUGUGGGUCUACGGGGUCAGCGCUGCGGGGUCCACGGGGUCAGCGAUGUGGGUCUGCGGGGUCCACGGGGUCAGCGCUGUGGGUCUACGGGGUCAGCGCUGCGGGGUCCACGGGGUCAGCGCUGCGGGGUCCACGGCGUCAGCGCUGUGGGUCUACGGGGUCAGCGCUGCGGGGUCCGCGGGGUCAGCACUGUGGGUCUGCGGGGUCCUCCUAGACCACGAAUGUACAGGGUCCGAAUGAUGUCAUCCCCGUCCGUGAGGCAGUGAUGACGCAGCCCCUCCCACUGGCCCCACCUCUACCCUGGGCUCUCAUUCAUGGGGGACGAGCCUGUCACAUGGGAGCUUAGGAAGAAUAUUGCAUGGUCAAGAACAAGGGGAGAAGACAGCCGGCAGCCCUAGUGUCCUGUCCCAGGACAAGCCCCCACUAGCUCCUCGGCCUGCCGGCUCUGAAUCCACCCGCGACUUGCACUCGGUGACGUCACAGUCCCCUUGACGUGGCAGCUCUCAUGCUGCGAUUGCCCCUGCCCCCCGGGAGCCGGGUGUCCACGUCCUUUCUCUCCCGUGACUCUGGGUGACUCGGGCCAGUACUGGUCCCGGGGGAAGCUCAGUCGCCUUAACUUCCGCUAAAUCCGCUCAGUUGUCUUAACUUCCUUUAAAUCCGGGAAAUCUGAGACAGCCUCGUAGGCUGAUGACGUCAGGGGGGAGAAGCUGGCCUCAGAGUGUCAUCAAGCACCUGGCGUCCAGGGCCACCCGGUGCUGUACACAGUCCUUCAAUACAAAUCCAUCCAGCUUAUAGACGACAUCCAGGUGGGACGCUGACGUCAGCACCGAGCGCAGUGACGCGGCCUUUUCUGGAAUGAUCCGGCUUAAAGCGGCCGCUGCUCGGCAGCUCAGACCACUGUGCUGAGCUCGGGUGCUGUCAGCUCGGUGCCUCCCGAAGUCUGCAGGGAUGAGUUCUUGUGAGGAUGCGGCCUACCGCAGGCUGAUGGAGUGUGCACACGGCUUCAUGGUCUCCCAGGUUGUGUUCGCGGCCUGCGAGCUGCGAGUGUUUGAUGCCCUGGAUGCUUUGGGGCCCCUGGACGCAGACGCCGUGGCCGAGCGACUGAGCACCAGCACCCGGGGCACUGAGCUGCUGUUGGACACCUGUGUGGGCCUGGGGCUGCUGCACGUGGACGUGCGGGGCGGGCGAGCUCGGUACUCGAACUCGGAGCUGUCCAGCACCUUCCUGGCCAGCGGGGGUACUCAGUCUCAGCACCACCUGCUGCUCUACCUAGCGGGAACCCCGUAUCGCUGCUGGGGCAGCCUGGCCCGGGCGGUGAGGCAAGGCCGGAACCAGUACCCUGAGGCGCUAGGUGUUCCCUCCCACGAGCCCUUCGCCGCCAUCUACAGGUCCGAGGCCGAGCGGCUGCGGUUCAUGCGGGGCCUCCAGGACAUGUGGCGCGUGUGCGGCCGGCGCGUCAUGGCCGCCUUCGACCUGUCGCCCUUCCGCGUCAUCUGUGACGUCGGCGGCGGCUCUGGCGCUCUGGCCAAGGACUGUGCGGCUCUGUACCCCGGAAGUCGGGUGACCGUGUUCGACGUCCCGGAAGUCGUCAGCGCUGCCAAGACCCACUUCCGGUUCCACCGGGAAGGGCGCAUCGAGUUCUGCGCAGGGGACUUCUUCCAGGACGACCUCCCGGAGGCCGAGCUCUACAUACUGGCCCGGAUCUUACACGACUGGUCGGACGGGGACUGUGCGAGGCUCCUCGCGAGGAUCCACCAGGCCUGCGCCCCAGGCGGGGGCGUCCUGGUGAUCGAGAGCGUCCUGGACGAGGACGGGCGGGGCCCUGUCAGUACCCUGCUCUUGUCCCUGAACAUGCUGGUGCAGACGGAGGGCCAGGAGAGGACUGUGACCCAGUACCGCGCGCUCACGGCCUCCGCCGGCUUCCCACGAUUCAAGUGGGAGAAGACCGGGGGCGUCUAUGACGUCAUGCUAGCCCGGAAGUGACGCCAACGUGGGGCUGGGGUGCGGGAAGCGCAGACUUAGCAGUAAACACUCUGCGUCUCGUGGAUCCCA